UUUAGCCACCUUAACAAUAAUGCAAGGAAGGUUUUGCUAUUUGACAAACUCACACUAAGGUGUCCGAACUUGAUGGACUAUCCCACUGAAAGAGACAAUGUUUAUCCCAAAGACCAACUUUAUGAAAAUUUGUUUAUGGUUGAUAAAAAAGGUUUUGACAGCUGCAAUGCAACCUUGGGACUUAAACUUUUGUCCUGUGAUAAUCCUGAUGUGCGAGGAAGACAUGUAACAGUUGUGUUUCAACCACAGAGUGCAAAUGAAAAUGACCCUAAAUUUGUGGAAGGAGAAGAGUACUACUUCAUAAGUAAGUGUUUGGCAGUCUUCAAUGACCUGGUAGACAUAUUUCUUCAGCUCAAUAUAAUAUACAUGAACAAAUUUCAUGAAUCUGAUUGGCUUACAAGAGCAAUGGAUUUUUUAGUAAACACAAUGCAAAAUCAACAAAAUAUAACGCAAAAAGGAAAAUUAAUAAAGCAAAUGUCUCACAGAAUAGAACACUGUGAUUGGCUAAUAAAGAAUAGGAAUACACUGUAAGAACCAAUCAGGUGCCACAAUCUUUAUUGGCCACUUUAUUAAGGUUGUGUGUGACACUGGGUUGGUUUGUGAUGAUUUGUGAGAAAGUGUUUUGGGGAUGAACUGUGAUCUAGAAAAUUUUUCAUGUAUGCAGUUGUUAAGGGUAAUCAUACUUAGUAUAUACACACUCAGUGAUCUUGGUGAUUUAAGCAAUCUGAUUGGUUCACUAUCUCGGACUAUGCAACAAUAUUCACCUUUUUAGCGAGUGGAUAAUGUGUGAGCUCGGUGUUUUUCCCAUUUGUUUAGAGAACGAUCUUUUAAAAGUCGACAAAAUCCUAGGGCUGACUUUUUUUAAGGCAAGAAAAGACUUGGAAGGAUUCAAUACGGCGUUUUUCAAUUUACUGUAGCUGAGUUUUGUGCUCGAUGGAUUGUUUACAACUCCAGUGUAUUCGCGUAGAAGCCGUUUGGUGAACUAAGCGUUUUCGAACAAGAAAAUUUUGGCUCAGAAAUCGAAGUUUAUUUAUGACAAACUAAUGUAAAAGGAAAUAUUUGCAGAAAUUCUACGUUUCAAGUAAACAGGAAAAAAAAUGAUAUAGGAAGACGACGUCUUACUGUACAAAGCAUUUAUUCUGCCUCACUUUGAAUACGCAUCACCAUUGUUCAUAGGUCUAAGUAAAGGUUUGUCUGCAAAACUGGAGUCAACCAAUGCAUUUGCUCUUAGGACUCUUCUUAACUACUCCAAGUCGACUGCUUAUGAAGAGCUACUUAAAACUGUACAUAUCAAAAGCUUGGAACAUCGACGCAUAGAACAAGCACUGAUACUUGUAUACAAUAGCAUUUAUAACCAGGCACCGAACUACAUUCGGGAAAUGUUUUUACUGCGAAGCAAUGGUUACAGCCUACGGGGCCAUCUUAAGGUUGUUCUUCCAAGACCGACCUCAUCUUAUAUGCAACAUUCUUUCACGUACCAGGCUGGCAAACAAUGGAACAGUCUACCAGACAAAAUAAGGAUGUCGGAGUCCCUCUCUAUCUUUAGGAAAAACUUACAAAACAUACAGUUGUCUUCAUCGUAUGACUGCAACUGUGAAUUUUGUAAACAGACAAUCUGAUUACCAAUAUUUUUUCUUUUUAAAUUAUUAUUAUCUUUUAGUUGGUUUAAUUUUUCUAUUUUUUAUUUUUAUUCAUUACUUGUACAUGUAGAUUAUGUAAAUUAUCACGUUGUAAUUUUUAUGGCACAUUUGCAUUUAAACGAGCUAUCGCUCAUUUGCGAUAUGUGGUUAAAUAAAAUUACUUACUUACUUACUUACUUACUUACUUACCUCGAGCAACCGAGCCGCCAUUUUUGUCAGCACUUCAUGCGAAGAACGACACAACAAACCCUUUUGGCUAUAAACUUGGCGAGUCAACAGAAAAUAACAAAGCUCUACUUUUCUUCUCAGGUAAGGAAACAGUUCAAACUUUUAGCGGUUCCAUUUAAGCCAUUACGCCGUUGUUUGCGAAAUGAUAAACUUGUGAAUUGCCAUGUUUGAAAAUUCUGCAAGGAUCUAUUUUUUUAGAAUGAUGUGAAUGCUACGCGCGCUGUGAUUGGUCGUUGCCCAUGAUCUAUUAGAGUACAGAUACAUGGAUGACGUCACGGAAAACUUGUUUUGUUUGUUUUGUUCAACAUGGCACGCGGUUUUGAAAAUGUUUGUGAGAUUAUUUCGGAUUGAGGCAAGUGAAAGCUACGGAAAAAGUUUAGCAGGAGCUAUUUACAAAGAAGAAAAAUGGAGAAACGGAGACCAAAAAGGCUAUUGACUACUUGACAAUGCCUAAACUACAAGAAAUCUUCACAACAGUUGCCAUCGUGUGUCUUCGCUACGAGAGACUCGCUGUUUUGCAAAAUGUUUUCGCUAUUAUUCUUCUUUGAGCAAGAAAAGACGGUGAAAAACUUUUCGAAGAAACUGUACACAAGUAAGAUAAAGAAGAAGCUAAGAUGAAAAGUUGGGUUUGGGACUUAAAAAAUGCCUAAACUAGCACAAAUCGUCAAAAGGUCAAGCGGUUCGAGGCAGGUAUGUGUUCGGUCUUUUUCUUUUCUGAUCGUUGUAUAAAACAAAUAGAUUCCAUGUUGCCGUUGGUCUAUUCAGUAAUAGAUCACAGAGGACGUCAAAAUGUGGUAAAAACAACAGUGACACACUCGCCUGCGGCUCGUGUGCCACUUCUUCGUUUUUACGACAUUUUGACGUCAUCUGUGAUCUAUUACUGAACACACGCACGGCAACAUGGAAUCUAUUUGUUAAACUUACGCGUGAUUUGAUCUGUCAAUCAAAUCGUAGUUUUGAAUGGUUUCCUCUCUGAUUUUGUUGAGAUCACUUGGUGUGUAUAUACUAAAACAGUUAAUUAUUCUUUUCAAUCUCGGUGAAUAGUGGCUUUGGGAAUAUUUAGCUACUAUUUACCUCGAUUUCAAAGAAUAAUUGUUAAUUAAACAAUUUAUUUGCAAAAAUUCCUGUGUUUUCCAAAAAGCUCAAAUGGGCUUGUGCAAUUUUGCGCUCUGACAUUUUUACAGUUACCAGGUGAUGAUAGUUAUGUGUAUGAAAAUGAUACAAUUUCCUGUUUAUGGUUAGAUUUCAACCUUAAAAUAAAAUACAAUAACAUUGUAACCAAAGAUCAGAGAAGAAAAGGGACAGUGUGUUUAUGUGCAGCGUUGCAUUGCUGUUUGUUUUAUUUCAAAUAAUACUGUAUUGUGUAUGUGACUGACAAAUACAAUAUUUAGUGUUGCUUCUGAUAAAAUAUCAAAACACUUAAAACUGUCAGUAGUUAAAAGUGAUAUUAUUAAGCUAAAUAAGGUGACCCUAAAUGAAUUGGAACCUUCUCAAAUGUUGACACUUUGCUGUGACCCUUCCAUGACCAAACAGAUUCAUCUGUAAUGACUACAUGUAACAUUUUGAUUAUGUAAUUUAUUAAAUUAAAAUAAGCAACUUUUACAUAUAGUACACAGAGAUCACUGUAACUCAGUUUAAAAUAUGAACUGUAUCAUCUCAUUUACAGAUACAGCAUCUGGAUUAAUUACCUCAUUAACAAACUUGGAAGGCGGACGUUGCAAAGACAACCAGAUGAAAAUGAAAAUUUAUGUGUGCAAGGAGGGGAAUGACCCUAAGUGCCCCCAUGGAAAUAAAGGUAAAUUGUAGGAACAUUUUUGUUGCUUGCAAGUUGAAUUUUUCAGUGGAAUAUUCAGCUUAUGUGUGUAAACAGUGUUAUAAAUUAAUAUGCACAUGCAAGCAAACAAAGUAAAGAGGAGUUAAAAGAUUAAGAAUGUUAGUAUUAAAAAAAAGUGUACUAAGAACUGCAUUUUGGGCAAGAUAUCUCCGGAAGAACUUCUCCCAUGUUCUGUUGUUGUUCUAGAGUAAAGCACUUGAUGGGGUUGGGCUUGUUGGGUCCCUAUAAAUGAAUCCUUUCUGCUUGUUGUGGCAUAGAAUAUUAAAACAAAAACAAUUAGCAAAAUAGCCAAAAAGUUAAGUUGUAUUGUUUUAUUCUUUUGUUUCUUUUCUCAGUAAUAAUAUUAUAAUCUGCCACGACUGUGCCAGUCGUUGCAGAAGGAAAUGGAUUUGUCAGGUUCUGAAACUUUGGCUGGUUUGGCUUUGAACCAAAUCAAUUUUUGCUAUGCUGGGUGCUGCUGGCUCAACCAUAAAAAUGAUGGGUCGAGUGCUUGACACAAAAUUUAAUUUGUAAUCACCCAGUUAUUUUGUUAGAAAUAGUUAUGGUGAGUCCUGGGACUCAUCUUGUGAAAAAUCAUGAGUCCCAGUCCGGAGCCAUUGAGGCAGUUACUGAAUCUGAAGACAGACACCAAAACUCUUUAUCACAGUUUACUGAAAUUAAAAUAUAGUCCUUCUUAAUUUAAACAAAAAAAAUGAGGGGACUAGAAUAAACAUGUAUCUGCAGUCGUUAAACAACAACCACAUUAACAGCCACAGAAAUCACAUGAACAGGAUUCUCUACAGAAACAUCUUCAGAUUGCUUGAUCUUUGUGUACUACAGACACAUCCAGUGAAUUAUUUUGCAUCUUUGGGAAUUUUUAUGCAUGAGGGAUGCAGGAUUCAGAGGUAAUAAAACAAAAUCACUGAAACACCCCUGAAAAAUUAUGUGCCAGAAUCUCAGGUACUUGCACCCUUCACCAAUUCAAAAACAACAAAUAAAGCUGGUGUAAAAGCGAGAAAAAUGACAAAAUCAGGGAUCCAGGCGUAUGUAAAAUAAUUUUUCCAUUCAGUUCCAAUCCCUUUUUUAACUUACCGUAUUUAUUCGAUUAACUGCCCUGGGCACUUAUUAAAUUUUUGGACCUUGAGAGUGGGCGCUUAUUCGAGUUGGGCGCUUAUUCGGGGCAGGGCGCUUAUUAAAUUUUCAGCAUUUUCAGCAAGUGUAGUAUGUUUAUUUUGCAACAAAACAAUAAAAUUAAUGGUAAUGACAAAACGCGAAGAUGUAACAAAGCAAGGUUCCUGUAAAAUACUUUGAAGGAAACUCUGUCUUCAGGGAAGUCUCUUAUUAGUACUUAUUCAAUUUUUGGGGGGUGGGGUGGGGGUGGUCACUUAUUUGAGUUUAAGUGGGAGUGGGAGAGAGGUGAGGUGGGGUGGGUGCUUAUUCGAGGUGGGCGCUAAUUUGAGGUUGGGCGCUUAUUCGAAUAAAUACGGUAAUUCUCUGUUCUUCUGUUGUAUAAUUGUACAUAAUUAAGGGAUUGUAAUGUUGGGUAUUUUCUGUAGUUGUGCAUGGUGGUUGGUCUGACUGGAGUGAGUGUACAGGUGGCGGCCUUCAGAGUCGCAAAUGUAACAGUCCUUAUCCAGAGAAUGGUGGAUUACCUUGCAUUGGUGAUGCUGAAAGAGCCUGCACAACAAAAGCUUCUCAAGUGUUGGGCUGCAGGGGCAAAUGUGAGUAGCAAUUGCAAAUGUUCAUGUAGGUACAGCGCAGUGUACUUGUCUGUAGUAUAGAGGAUCAGGUGUUUUAUUUACUAGGAAAUUUAGAGAACUGUUAUAAACCCAUUACUUUGUAUUUCUGGCAUGUAUUGCAAGGAAAGUCACCAAUCAGGUGUAAGAAAACUUAACUGCAAGCAUGAAGUCUGCCGAUAGGUUCUGAUCUUUUUUGAGAUUUGUGGCUAAAACAAUCAGCAGUCCUUGAAUAUUUCAAUCAGAUGUUCACAGUGUUCCGAUCAAUUUUGACAGUAAUACUAAAGGUACAUUGUUAGUUAGUUAGAAUGCUCUGGUUGGACCAGCAUUUUUAGCCUAAAAUCACUAAUAAUAUGGGAUUGGCUUAUUGUAGGUUUUUGGCAUUUUUUGUCGGUCCAUUUUAAUCUCAAAAUUUUUUGUUUACUUUUUUACAUGUAGGUUCUACUGUUACAACUAAAGGAGAGCCAGGUACUUAUUCAUAUUAAUAAGGCUACAUAUCUUUGGUCCUUCAACUUACAAACAUAGAAUUCUCAGUGGUUAAGAUUUGCUCUGAGAAAAAUGGCAAAAUUAAUAGCUAGGUGUGGUUCAAAGAUCUGAGUUGUCUACAAUGAGCCUGGGAAUCCAGUAUCCUUAGUUAAUUUCCAUUUUUGAAAGAGCAAGGAAACUUUUCUUGUUGUUCAAAAGCAAAAACUAUUAGUUGCCUGAGGCCAGCAGUUAUGACUGCUAGAAGACAGCCCUGCUUGAUGCUUUGAAUAAUGAUUUAAAUGUGGCUAAAUGUAAUUUAGGCAAAGUUAACCUCGAAGCAAUGCCGGUCAGCUGUUUCCCUAGCUAUAGUAGGGGUGGCCCGAUGCCUCUAGCAUGGGCACCUCGUGACUUAUGCACCUAUCAAUGUAAACCCCCGGGGGGGAGUGCGGGCAAGGGGUGGGGAUUUGACAAAUUUUAAAAUUUUUUGAUCAAAUUCCCCAGGGUGGAAAACGAAAGGUCAAGCAAAAGUGUCAAAAAAGCCCCCACCCUAGGGGAAAAAAUCUAAACAAACAAUACUAUAAUACCAUAUAAAAUGAAUAAAAGAACAUUUCAAUAGUACGUUCUUACUACUUUUAUUUAAGGUUAACGUAAGCUCCGUUAAGUUACUCGGUGUAAUUAAGUAUUUUCUCUCUCCACUAGCAUCUCUUAUUUUGAACAACAAAAUCACUCCAGGAAGAUUGACCGUGCUAUUAUAAUAUUAAUGAAACGUAAAAUGCUUUAUAACAUCUGCUCAACAUGUCGGAACAGGUCGGAUCAGUGACCCGUUAAAAAUCCUCAGACUUUCAUGGUGGAAUUUGAUUUCAAUCGAGUUUUACAAUCAGAUGGGAACUUGAAGAUAAAAACUUUCUCAAAAUAGACAUUAUCUGUUUAGAUGACAGUUUUAACUAUCAGAUUAUGGUGAUUAAAACAAAUGAAAACUUCAUACCUUUGUUCGACAGCGUGACUUUCAGAAAGCCUCGAGGGAUGGACUUGGUAACCACUUCUGAAUUGAUACCAGGCUUCUGUCGGUCAAAGUCAAAUGUCCCGAUCCCAGGGUCGCUUCGCACAAUCAAAAGCCCGACAGCGGGAUCGGGAUUUAAUCGGGAUAGUCUCAGGCAUCAAAUCCCCGCCCCUUGCCCGCACUCCCUCACCCCCCACGGGAUUUACAUUGAUAGGUGCAUUAUAUACGCAGUUGCUUGCUUGCAGUUCUUCGCAAAGUGUUGUUGCAAUUGCUUGAGUUUAUUGAGGUGAUUGUAUUGUGAGAUCUUGCUGAGAUCACAUGUGUUGGGGAGAUAACAUUGUUUGUUGAUUUUUAUGUGAAUGGUUGCUGAGCAAGUAGCCCAGAGUAGUGAGUUUUCCUUGUAAAAUGCAUGUGAUUAGCAAUUUCUCAGGGUGCUGUGCUCAACAAACCAGUCACUCAUAAUUAAACUACUCAGCUGGGUGAAGCUAUAAGAGGUUUAUUAGUACAAUUUUUAAUGUUAUGCUUGAAGAUAACACUAUCAACAGCACAUUAUGUAAAUGUUAGAUGUUUGCAGGUAGGUUGCAAGUGCCUAUUCAUUUGACCUUUAUCUCGUUCUUCCUUAGACAAUUUGACUGAAGAUGACCUGCUGAUUAACAAAGGCUUUUUUGCUGGAAUAUGUCUCAUUAUAUUGGUGGUUGGGCUGCAAGUUGGUGGGGGCAUAACCAUGCUGCUAUGCAGGAUACAGAGAAGGAAGCAAAAAGCUAGUAAGUGCCGAACACUGACAUGCAUCCACUCUUACACAAGGUGCAAAGAAAGUCAGUUUUACAGCUCAUUUCAACUCUGA